GUACUGGCAACGAGGAGGACGCCAUGUUAGAGGCUGGAAAUCUGAUAGGUUAGCUGCUGGAAGUUAAAACGUAAGGGUAGGAGUAGAUCGUUGCUGUGCAUGGAAGGCGACCAUCUGGUCGGUGCUGGUGUAUUUCCUCACGGGCCUGAGCCUCUCUGACUAUGGAGCGCACUUCUUCAUCUUCCUCGCUGUGCUUGCCCUUGUAGCCAUCCACGGCGCCGCCAUGAUCCGAUUCAUCGCCUUCGCCGCCCGCUCGCUGCGCUCCGCCGCCUUUGCUGCUGCCAUCUUCAUGGGCCCCGGCAUGUUCCUCUUCGGCCACAUGCUUGUAGCGAAGGUGCUUAUACCGAGUUUCUGGAUCUGGCUAUACUGGGAUCAACCCCAUCCAGUGGGCAGCGACGUUACUUGUGAUUAACGAGCACCGGCCAUUCGUCCCUGUGGCAUUCUGCCCGGCUCCGGACCGCGUCCCUGCUACCAUGCCGUACUGUGUGGGGAGGGAGGGGUGGCCGAUUGGCAAGGCGUACAUGGAGGAAUUCAGCUGGAACUUCGAAUGGGCGUACAUGAUCGCUGGGCCGCUCGUGAUUCUCGCGUGGAUUGCAGUGUGGACAGCGGGCACGCUCCUGUGCAUGCAGCCCAGCCACUACAAGAGCUUCGCGCCUGCAGUGAGGGUGCUGAGUGAGAGCAAGCGAGGGAUGAGGCGCGUGAUUGUCAGGGGGGAGGACGAGGGUGGUGAGGGGCAGGACGGGGUCAAGGGAGGGACGGUUUCUGGGGGAACAGGAAUGGGGGCGAGUGUGGCGAGAGUUGGGGAGGCAGCAGCAGAAGCAGCCGAAGCAGCAGCGGCAGCAGCGGGAAGGGCAGCGGAUGUGGUUGCAGAAACAGUUGCUCAAGUGGCGUCUGUGGCAGAAGAAGCUGCUGCUGCUGCAGGGCAGGCAGUGGCAGCCGCAGGGAGGCGGUGGCAGCAGCGGGAGCAGCGGCAGUGACAGUGGCAAUGCAAGGGAUGGGCAGCGGAGCAUCCCUGCCAUGGGUUGGUGAGGGCGGCCCAGAGUGGGGGCCUCUUGGUGGCACAGGAGCAGCAGGGUCCGCACAAGCUGCAGCAGCUGCAGCAGCGGCAGCAGCAGCAGCAGCAGCGGCAGCAGAGGCAGAGGCAGCGGUGAUGGAGUCCAACAUCCCCUUCACCCCAUACCUCAUCACCUUUGAAGGCCUCUCCUGCUCCUUGCCCCUUCCCAGCCAAUCAGAGAGCUCCUGGACGAACUCUCUGGGCGGCAGCAGUGGCCUUGGGGGCGGCAGCGGUGUGGCGAGGAGGAGCGAGGUGAGCCGCAGCCUGGUGCGCGGCGUGACGGGGUGGGUGAAGCCGGGGGAGAUCACGGCUAUCGCGGGGGGCAGGAGCACUGGCAAGACUACGUUGCUCAACUGCCUGGCAGGUCGCAAGGUGCCGGGGCAACUGACCGGCCGCCUGCUGGUGAACGGCAAGCCCAGGGACGCCCCGUCCUUCCGGUGCAACACGUCGUACAUGGAGGGCGCCGACCUCUACUACCCUCUCCUCACGCUGCGCGAGAGCCUGCUGUACCGCACCGCGCUCACACUGCCUAAGCACAUGCCCGACAAGCGGCGGCGUGCGUUUGUGGCGCAGAUUCUGGAGCUGAUGGAGUUCAAGGGAGGCGUGGCGGACUGCCUGGUGCAGGACAUUCUGGCGGACGGGGUGGGGUCGGCAUAUGUGGAGAAGCGCAUUGUGUUUGCGAUGGAGAUGGCGGGCAACCCGAGUGUGAUCUUCUUUGACGCACCGUUUCUCAGGAUGGACACCACUGAGGUCGCCAAGUUCUCAGGCAUGCUCAAGCAUGUGGCAGCCGUGUGGGGGCGGGCCAUGGUGGUGGUGUCCAACGCGGUUACCGCGUUCCAUCUGAACGCCUUCCACUCGCUGCUCAUGCUGGGCAGCGGCGGCGAGAUGGUCUUCUUCGGCCCCGCGGGGAGAAACGGCCACGCGCUUGUGGAGUAUUUCUCUGCCAUCCCUGGCACCCCCCCGAACCUCCUCGGCGACGCCGGUCACCAGCGCGCCACGGCGUGCGACUACGCGGUGGAAUACCGAGUCAGCGACCUCGCCAUGCUCAACGCGCACCGCCUCUCAGCCCUCCGCCGAGGGGGGGCUGCUGCUGCCACUGCUUUUGCUGCCAGGGCUGCUGUUGCUAACCUGGAGGCUGCGAAACUGGUUGCUACCAGCGGUGCUGUUGCUGCCGGCGGUGCUGCUGCUGGUGGCAAUGCUGAGUAUGGGGGUGCUGCUGCUGCUGGGUGGAGGGCCAUGGGAGGAGGAGGUGGCAUGGACUAUGAGAGUGCUGGCGUUUCAAUGGCCGCAUCUGACUCGGCGUGGUCCCAGGCCGCGCUGGAAGUCGAGGAAGCCAUCGCAGCAGAGGAGGCAGAGGCCCUGGCGGGGGUGGCACGGGCGCAUGCUGCUGCUAUGGGUGGCAAUUCCGAGGAGGAAGAGGGAGACGCAAGGAGGGGUGCGCAAGAGGAUGGGGCACUACGGCACAAGGCAGUCGCCGCUGCAGCAGCCGAAGCAGCAGCGGAUGCUGCAGCAGGAGUCAUAGCAGCAGGAGUCACAGCCGCAGGAGUCACAGCCGCAGGAGAUCCACACCAGCAGCAAGGGGAGCAUAAGGCAGGAGACCACCCCACCGCCCUCCACCACGCCACAUCCCUCCAGCCCCUCCUCGCCCACGCCUCUCCGCUCUCCCCUCCCACCCCUCCCAGCCGCCUGCGCAAGUUUCUGGCAGUGCACCACACCAUCCACCUCUUCUACUGGCGCAACACCUCGCACUCCCUCAACCGCAUUGUGCAGUCCGCCAUCCUGGGGCUGCUCAUAGGCUCGCUCUUCUUCCAGUACCGUGUGAACAAUCUUCUGCAGGCCACCACGGCCCAUGCAUUCCCCUUUGCCGUGCUGGCGUUUGGCACGACGUGCCAUGGGGGCACAGCCGUGGGGCUGAUCAACCAGACGAAGAAGAUCUUCGCCAAGGAGCGCGUUUACAACCAGCACUUUUUGCAGAUUUAUACAGUGGCUCACACGCUAGUGGAGAUCCCCCCUCUGCUCCUCACCUCCCUCGCGCUGGUCAGCGUGGCAGCGCCGCUGGCUGGCCUGGCGGUGGGCAGCGCGGGCACCUUCUUCUCCUUCGGUCUCACCCAGUUCCUCGCCGCCCUCGCUGUCACCUACUUUGGCUUCCUGCUCUCCGUGCUGCUGCCCCAACCCAAGUACGCAGCAGUGGUGAUUUCAUUCCUUAUCACAGCAUGGGUGGCCACGUGCGGCUUCUUCCUGCCCUUUGCCUUCACCAAGCACUUCUUCCUCGCAGUCUACUGGACCAACCCCAUUCAGUACGCCCUCAACGGGCUCACAGCAGCAGCCUACUACUGCAACACAGCGGCACCAGAGUGCACCCUCCCAGGCUGCCCCGGCGCCGCCCCUAUCUGCGCCAGCUGCCCCUGCAAGUGGUACCUCAACCCUGUCAAGGGACCCGAGUACCUCUGGGAUUUCCUCGUUGCCACCAGGUCCGCGCGCUCCGCAGUGUACUGGGACUGGCUCUUCCUGCUCUGCUUCUGCCUCGUGUGCCGCAUCGGGUCCUUUGCUGCUCUCCGCUUCCUCCGUCACAACCGCUAGCCCAUAUUGGGCUGAGAACAGCCAGGGAUCUUUGGCAGAGACGAAGUCCUUCAGUAGAUAGGGUGCUUAGUAGCAUAGCGGAAAUCCGAGUUGAACCCUUGUACUGGUAUAUGAGAGCAAAUGAUUGAUGAUAGCAAGGCAAUACCGUACAAGGGUUUAUAACGUUUUACAAGAGAAUACGAAACAUCGAACUAAGUC